AUGAGCUCUAAGCAACCCAAAACUACGCCGAUGGCCUUGGACCAGCGGUGGACGCAGCACCAGAGGCUCAUAAACAAAUCCUCGCAGUCCUGGGCGUGUACGCAUUGCGCGGAACAUCCAAUUUUCACGAAUACUGAUGUGCUAUGGGAGCACUGUUUGCAGCGGCAUUCGGACAAAAUUCCACAAGACGAAAGCGAAAGGAGGAGAUACCGCUCAAGAUUUGAGGCAGAAGCACUUUCAAAACGGAACGCUGAGAGUCCGUCGAAACGAAAGGAUGAGUGGCAGCAAAGAAACCCCGUUCUGAACGAACUACAAGAUUCCGCAGAACCCCCACCCUCGAAGCGUCCUUUGAGCGGCGAUGCUGUUGCCGGCAACAGUAGAAGCCUGUCGCUUCUCAAAGAGUUAAAAAUACGCACACCUGGAGGCAGUGAACAAGAUGGCAUGCAAGAUCUUUCGGAGGACAGUCAGACCCCCGAGCAGCCUAGAAAGAGACCUGCGGUUGGAGAAGGCAUCAGCGCCGGCUCCGCCUCACCUUUCCGCGACUCGUCGCUGUCGCCUCCUCCAGAGAGUACAAGAGACCGGCCAACGUCGGCUCCAGGAUCAGAGAGCAAACAAAAGAAUAUGUUCGAAACGCAACGACCGCAUGUUGAGAAGAAACAACUGUGGACCCCACAAGAUGCACCUCUAUCCCGAUCCUCGUUCGACCCCUCCAACAUUGCUUCGAUUCAGGCACAACGAUCUAGAGCCCAAGUCCUUCAACCGAACAAGCAUCGAAAGUCCUUUCCAGCGACCCAAACCGCCUCGAAGACACCUACCCUGGCGCAAACCGCGUCAUCGCCCCCAAAGACGGUCGGAAGAUCAUCGCAGGGGCUUCAAGGCUCGAUGCGCGAAGACUCUCUGGACAUUAUGCUACAGCCAGAAACGAGGCCAAUCUCUCAAGAGCAGCUCGUGGCGGAGGUCAAGGGUAUCUACGCCGGGCUCGUAAUGGUUGAAGCCAAAUGUAUCGAAGUCGAUAACAAACAAGCAGCUCUUGCUCAAGCUGAUGCUGGAAACCCGCCAAAGCUAAAUAAUGAGCAAUGGCAGGCUCUGAUCGCUCUUCACAGAACGCUCCUUCACGAACAUCACGACUUUUUCUUAGCUUCCCAGCAUCCUUCUGCGAGUCCUGCUUUGCGGCGAUUAGCCUCCAAAUAUGCGAUGCCAGCUAGAAUGUGGCGACACGGUAUUCAUUCCUUUCUUGAACUCUUAAGGCAUCGUCUACCAGCUUCUCUUGACCAUAUGCUGGCAUUUAUCUAUUUGGCCUAUUCUAUGAUGGCCCUUUUGUACGAAACGGUCUCAGCUUUCAAGGACACAUGGGUCGAAUGUCUGGGGGAUCUAGGCAGAUACAGAAUGGCAAUAGAAGACGAUGAUAUCAGGGAUCGUGAAGUCUGGACUGGAGUCGCGAGACAUUGGUAUUCCAUUGCUUCGGACAAUUCUCCUACCACGGGUCGUCUAUAUCAUCAUUUAGCCAUUUUGGCCCGACCGAAUGCUCUCCAACAGCUGUUCUUUUACGCCAAAUCCUUAUGCGUCGCGAUACCCUUUACCUCAGCCCGAGAGUCGAUCUUGACGUUAUUCGAACCGGUUUUAAAUGCAGAUAAUGGUCAAGGGCAAUACAGACUUCCACCACUUGACACUGCAUUUGUCAAAGCACAUGGUUUGCUAUUUACGAAUCGAGACCUCGAGAAGUUUGAUCCUGCAGUGAGAGAAUUUCUCGGCUUACUUGACACUCAAAUCGGACGCGUUACGAGAAAAUUUAUGGAACAAGGAUACCAUAUUUCAGUUGCUAACAGCGUAGCUAUGGUUGGGUUUGCCGCUAAAGAUAAUGUUUUGAUGAAAGCGAUCUCGUCUGAUCAUGAUACUGAAGAUAUUUCGAUGGCAAAUACUUCAGACGCGGUAUCUCAAUCCAUGAUGACGUUCAAGAAUGCGCAGCGUCUCAGUAAUGCCACUACAGAAAUCGUCUUAGAACGUGUUGGGGAUCCUAAUGUUCUACCAUUCAUUCAUGUUACUCUUGUCUUUAUGUUCUUCAUGGCACGGCACCCCGCGGCUAUGAAUCUCUUAGAAGCAGAAUUUCCAUGGCGGUCUUUGGCAAUUAUGCUAAACACAAUCUUGGGGUCAUUCCCGAAACCCGACCGUAUUGCAGAUGAUUCUUUUCCUGUGCUUGAGAAAGAUGAUCCUCGUCCAUUUCCAGAAGACUUUGCUGUCCGCGGGCUUCUGUGGACUGAAGGCUACUUCCCAGCAGACUUUUUCACUAAGAAGAAGAUCGACGAGGAAGAAAAGUAUCAUGAACGAGCAUCCAUGACAUCUCAACGCAAAGAGCGAAUACUCUGGCUGGCUUGUCGUAUUGCUUCUCUUGGGACGUGGCUUAUCUAUGAUGGCAAGAGGUUUUCCGUGCCGUCGAGUGGUGAAGAGGAUGACUUGGUACCUUCAAGAGUCUCUACCUUCACUUCUGUCGCUACGUCGGGAACUUUUGAUAGAACUGGCACUUGGGAAUCUCAAGAUGGUGAAAAGUCUGACGUCGAAAAAGACAUGUCUUCCCCAACCACGGAGCAUGCGACAGAACUUACUGCGCAUGAUUGA